UUUCAGAUUGUUUAUUCAUUGGUUGAUUGAGAAUACUCUUGUAUUUUAACGUAACUCGAAGUGGUAAAUAUCACUAUGUUUCGGGUGAUUUGCUUUGCUCUUGUCAUCGGCUUUCUUCAGAAGGCGAAUGCGGGCAUCCUCGUUAAUAGCAUGCCUGAUUCGGCAGAUUGUACUCCAUUCCGCGAGGUUUUGGAGCGCAUGUUUAUCGACUUUGCAGCGAUGUAUUUUGCCGAUAACCCUCGUGGUACUGAAAAACCCAUUGUGCCGGAAGCUCUAGAUCCACCUACAGCGCAAAAUUUGUUUAUCACUUAUUACGGAGAAGACGCCUCAUCCUCAGGAUUCAAAGAUUCUUUGACAAGAAUUCUAUAUUCUGAUCCUGGAAACAAAGGAAAGGAGGAACCAAAAGAUGAUGCUGCUGUUAUUGAAGCUGAUCGGGUCGUUCUACGGGACAACAUCUACACAUAUGCAAAAGCAGGAAGUUAUAAUAUUGCUCGAGAAAAAUUUGGUGUUCUUCUAUAUAAAGCCGCAUAUGAGAUUGCAGGGGAGACAAUGAAAAAAUAUGGAUGCAUCGAAGAUGAUGAUAUGAGUCAGUUGGAAUCAGUCAUUUACAAUGAACUUGCGAAAAUCAGAAACGAAAUCGGCGAAUUUCAAUUUGGCCAAUUUCUUGGUCUUGGUUCUGGAACAACUCUCGCGUUUGCUAUUGAUGAUACUGGAAGUAUGAGUGGUGAAAUUCAAGCCGCAAAGCAACGAGCCAUUAAUAUUAUCAAUCAGCGUCAAGGAUCUCUCGAUCAGCCACAAAAUUUUGUUCUUGUUCCUUUCAACGAUCCUACUGUUGGACCUCUGACUGUCACACAUGACCCUGAUGCAUUUAAAAAAGCUAUCAACAAAUUAUAUGCACACGGAGGUGGAGAUGCACCUGAACUAAGUAUGAGAGGAAUUCAAUUAGCUGUUGAGAAUAGUAAUGCAGGUUCAACUAUUUUUGUUAUCACGGAUAUCGAUGCAAAAGACGUGGAAUUGCAGGAUAACGUGGUUGCUCAAGCUAAACAGAAAAAUAUCAAAGUAACUUUUCUUUUAACAAAUCAGGUGCAAACAACAGUGUGUAAUGGAUGGAGAAAAGAAUCAAGACGUUGCGAUAAUCCUGCUCUAAAGCUGGGAUAUGAUUUGUACGAACAUAUUGCUAAAAGUACCGGAGGUAGCAUAUUAGUUGUGUCAAAGCGUGAUAUUUUUAAAGCAACAGAAGUAAUUGAAAGCACACUCAAACAAGGAUUGGAGGCGUUAUUCAUCAAAAGAUUCAAAAGCGGUAGGAAAGUGGAAACAUUCAAUGUUGAUAGUUCAUUAAAGGAAUUACAUUUGGAAUCUGAAGGAAGUUGUGGAAGUAUUCAAGUAAAGAGACCGAAUGGCAAGACAGUCGUACUCGAGGGUGAAGUUGUUGUCGAUAAACUGAAAGUACGCCGUGCAGCAGUGAAUGAUAUAUUUGGUGAAUACAAACUUACGUUAAAUGCAAAUGGAGAUUGCAGCAUCAAGAUUUCUGCAAAAAGCACUAAAGGGUUUGUGAAAACGUUAGCAAAAAGAACAACAGGCAAAUCAGGAAUGGCAGGAAUUGAAAGAUUUGAAGGUCAAGCUCUUGCAAAUGACGAAGUUGUUGUUUUUAUUGAUGAAUUCGGAAAACAACCAGGGGAAACUACAGAAGAAGUAGAAAUUGUUUCAACAAACUCCGAUGCAAGUUACAAAUUCCCAAUUAAAGAUACAUCGCGUGAUCACUACACUAUAACACUUGGCAAAUACCCAGAAAAAUCACUCAUGGUGGUGGUGAAAGGAGUCGACAAAAACGGAUACAAAUUCCAAAGAAUUUCUCAGGCAUUCAUAGAAUAUGUUUCUAUUGAUAUUGACUGUUCAGGAUUUAGAGAUGCCAUUUUCAGAGCUGGAGGCAAUGCUACCGUGAAUGUAAAUAUUAAAAACCUCGGAAAAGAUGAAGAAUUAUCCGUAGAAGCUAGUGAUAACAGACUAUACGUUCGAGACGAGGAAGCUAAAAAGAUUGAAAUUAAAAAAGGAAAAACAGGAAAAUUUUCAGUCUUUGUUGUUGCUGGAAAAGGAGAACAAACGGGAACAGUCAGCACCGUUACAAUUACAGCGAGUCCCAAAGAUUCCAACAAUCUGAUCUUCAAGCAAUGCAGAUUGAUUGUUGGACAAAAAGAAACACCGGACAUUGAGUCAUUUCAUAUUGUCAGCAACAUAAACUCAAGAUUCGUUGAAACUGCUGUCUCUAGCACCGUUUAUAACAAUGCAUCGAUUGGAAGAACUGCUGAAUUCAACGUUAUCAUGCCAUUGGACUCCUACAUUACCGAAUUUUCAAUGACUAUUGAUGGCGAAACAUAUCCUGGUGAAAUUAAAGAAAAAGAAGAAGCAAAAAAGAUAUUUGAAGCUGCUCAGGCUCGAGGUGUAACUGCCGGGCACGUUGCUGCUCGUGGGAAAUCUACUACAGUUUUCAAAACUUCGGUAAAUCUAGAAGCAGGCAAGAGAGUUUUAUUCAAUCUCAAGUAUCAACAGCUGCUGAGACGCUCACUUGGAAAGUACCGUCAUGACAUAAUAGUGCAGACAAAACAACCUGUCGGAGAGUUGUCGAUUGACGUUUACAUUUGUGAGACAAGACCUCUGGACAAAGUUGAAGUUCUUGGAUUUGACACAGAACAAUCGGUUCUGCCUGGAAUUGUGACUAUGCCUGGUGUGACAGUCGACCAGCAAAGAACAACUGCCCACGUUUCCUUCAAGCCAACCCGCGAAGAACAACUAAAGCUUUCUCCUCUUGGAUUGAAUGGAAAAUUUAUCGUUGAAUAUGAUGUUGCCAGAAGUCGCGGCAAAAAAGUUAAUGAACUUAUAGCAGAUGAAAAAUACUUUAUACAUUUCUUUUCUCCCGAAUUGGAGUCAAUGAGCAAGAGAGUUGUGUUUUUAUUGGAUAGUUCAGCAUCAAUGUUCGGCCGCAAAAUGGAUCAAGUUAGGAAGGCAAUGAGUGUUAUAAUCGACGGACUUAGUUAUGAGGACCACUUUGCUAUAGUUAUGUUUAAUAGUAAUGUAACUCGAUGGAAACCCGACUCCGAUAGCAGCAUGACAUUGGCCACUGAUAAAAAUAGAGCUUCAGCAAAAGAUUUUCUUGGAAAAGUAAAAACAGAUGGUAGCACCAACAUUGAAGCUGCAAUCACUGAAGCAAUUAAUGUUCUAAAAGAAUUUUCCGAAGAAACUGAAAAAAAAUUCCAUCCCUCAUCUGACUUCAUUUUGUUGCUGACCGAUGGAAGGCCAACCGACGGAGAAGUAGAUGCGAAAAAGCUUGUUAAUUUGAUUGACCAUGCAAAUAAUAGGACAUAUGGAAUUCACACUGUUGGAUUUGGAUCGCUCGUAGAUGCCGAUACUUUGGCAAAAAUUGCUGCUAGAAAUAACGGGUCAUCAAUACAAAUAUUUGAAGACAUUGAUGCCGAUUCUCAGAUUUCAGACUACUUUGAGACUUUUGCUCGACCUAUGCUUCACGACAUAGAGAUCAAGUAUGAUCCAAUAGAGGUUGAAUCUACAUCAGAGCCAAUCUUUCCAGUAAUCUGUUUUGGAUCCGAAAUAAUUGUUACAGGAAGACUGACUGAUGUUGGACGUCAAAACCAGAGGAGGCGUAGAGAAACCUUUACUGCCCAAAUGAUUGAUUUUACUGUUUCUGGAAAAGCAAAAGAUGAAAAAGAAUUCUUUCUCGAUGUAGAAUUGGAGCCGACGCCUCCAGGUGAAAAAUGUUUGGAGGAAUCUACUCAGAUCGAAAAUUUUACAGAACGAUUAAAUGUGUUUAUGGAGCUCCAGCAUAUGUUGAAAAGAAUAUCUGCCGAGAAUAAUGAAACCGUUAAAGAAGAACUCAAAAAACAAACUCUCAAUCAAUCACUUGAGUUUAGUUUUGUGACUCCUGGAAUAACUUCAAUGGUUGUCCUAAAACCCGGAGACAAAAAGAAAAUAGAAAAAGAACUGGCAGAAAAGGCGAAGAAAGAGAAAGAAGAAAAGGAAAAGAAGGAAAAAGAAAGAAAAGAACGCGAAGAGAGAGAAAGAGAAGAAAGAGAAAAAGAAAAGGAAGAAGAAGAAGAAUAUGAAAAAGAUGAAGACGAGGCAAUAGAAUUAGAUAAACUAAUAACAUCCACGGCAAUGAUGACAACAACUCCAAGAUCUAAGAGACCAUCCAAGAAACCAAAACCGAGAAGAAGAACACGACCAAGGGUUGCUGGAACAACACGAAAACCAAAACCGACAGCAACAAAAUUAUUCCUGACAACGACAACAACACCUCCAUCAUUCCAUCAUUCAGACAUUGCAGCUGGUGGGGAUGCAUUUGGUAAAGACUCUUCCUUUGAUGAGGAAUUUGAAGCGGAUGGGGCAUCAUUUAUGUCAUUUUCUUCAUCUCCAGGAAUGCCUGCCGUAUCGUCGGGUAGAACAAUAGGUGGAAUUGCAGGGUCAUCUGGAAUGGCAGUUUCAGAUGGAAGUGCAUUUUCAUCUGGAAUGGCAGUUUUAGAUGGAAGUUUAUUUUCAGAUGGAAUGGCAGGUUUAGCUGGAAGUGCAGGUUCCGGAGCAGGACGAAUUGUAGGGGGAACAAGGAGGCUUUCCAGGCCGAUGCCAAGUACCCGACGAAUAAUUGGAGGCCCUGCAAAACCGGCAAGGCCGGCGAUAAUGGAAAGUAAGAGACUUCCUAUGCCUAUGCCCCCUCCAGGAUUCUUCGGAGAUCCUCACUUUAUUGUGUCGCUUAGUGAGCAGAUUACAAUUUGUUUUGACUGGUUCGGAGACCAAGGUCAGAUUUUCAAUUUGAUUGAUGACAAAAAAAAUGGAAUAAUUGUAAACGGAAAACUUAAAAUUCUGGACAAUGCUGGUCUGAAGCACAAAAGAACUUACGUCGAUGAAGUUGGAAUUAUUCUUUCUCGCCAGAAUGUCACGAUUCACAUUACUUGUCAAAAUCUGACAAUCAUCAACAAUACUGAUGGAAAUUUUGUCAGUAUUUCACUCACCGAAUCUAAGAAAACAAAAGUAGAAAAUAUUGAAAUUUCCAUCGACGCUACAAACAAACACAAAGGAGCAACGUAUUUGAAAAUUAUGCCAGGAGUUGUGUUCAGGAUUUUCAAAUUGAUAUCAACACAUGAAGACAGAGUAGCCAGUCACUUAGAUUUUUCGAUCAUUGAACGAGAAGGAAUAUCGGAAAAUGCAUUGGGAGUUCUCGGUAAUUUUCUUGAACGCAACGAUGGAAAGAAGAAAGAAGAGGCGCUACUUGAAUUUUCGAACGGGGAGUAUGAUCAAGGAAUUCUGUGGUAUAAUCGAAGACCUGUUUACAUUGAGAUGAAGACAAUGCACGAUUACAGUCGAAAGGAAGAAGUUGACUGCUGGUUCAUUCCUCGCGUUGAUGAAAUUAUCGAGGAAGAUACUUUCCGAUAUCAUCUUCCUGAACUUUUUGCAAAGCCGAACUAAUUGACACUUCAAGAAUAUUCUGUAAAGAUUGCGUUUAAAAUGAUGUACAAUGUUUAAAUAAUUUUUUAUAAAACCUAAUCAUUGAGUUUCGACUUUUGACCAAAAAAAAACAUUUUGAGAAUUCUCACUCAAACACGAGCUACAAUUAAAUUGCAAAUUCGCAACGUAUUUUUUUUAACAAAGCCUUGUAUUUUGUCUAUUUUGAGUGUCGAAAAAUUUAAGAUCGUAUGAUAGUAAAUAUUGUGUUAAUUUUAAAACCGACGUGAUUUUUUCAUAAUUUUGACCGAAUAUAAAUGCUAUAAAAUGUAAUAAACAGGAGAAAUAUUAAGAAAA